UUGAAUAUGAAUCCUUAUUUACCACUGGGGACAAGUGGCAGUGACAUCCAAGAAGUCCGAUAUGAGCACUUAAAAUCGCUUUUGGUGAAAAGUAGUCGUUUCUCGAGCUUGCUUCUUUCAAAGUUAGAAGUUGAUAAAAAAAGAGGAAGACCAACUGCUGAUAAAAAAGCUAACAAGAAAGCUGAAACUUCUAAAAAAAGCAAAGCUCAACUGGACGAAAUUGUUCUCAAAAAUGUAACAGAAGAAGGGUCUAAAUCUACAAAACACGAUACGGAUCAGAAUAUUGAUCAUUUGUGUGACUUUGACGUUCCAAAAUUGUUCAUUGGGACUCUACGCGAGUACCAGAAACACGGGAUGAACUGGAUGCUGAAGCUGUACAUGAAUGGUAUGAAUGGCAUCUUGGCUGACGAGAUGGGGUUGGGAAAGACUAUUCAGGUCAUUGCUCUAUUCUGCAGUUUGUUGGAGAAUCAAGUUCUAGGUCCAUUCCUUGUGAUUGCACCUUUGUCUACCUUAUCCAACUGGGUAAAUGAAACAACCAGAUUCGCACCACACAUCAAAGCAAUCAUGUUUCACGGAGAUAAGGUGAAUAGAGCAGCUCUACGUGAUCAGAUAUUGGCGGCCGAUGCAGAUUUGAAGCAGUCAGUCGUUGUGACUAGCUAUGACAUGGCAAUGGUUGAAAGGCGAUGUCUUGCCAGAGUUCCGUGGACAUAUAUGGUAGUGGAUGAGGGACAUCGACUGAAGAAUAUGAACUGCAGACUCUUAAAGGAGAUAUCGUUCUACAAAGUACAGAACAAACUCCUCCUCACUGGAACACCUCUCCAGAACAGUUUGAACGAACUUUGGUCUCUCCUUCAUUUUCUCAUGCCUAGUAUCUUCUCGGACCUGGAGAGCUUCCAUAUGUGGUUAGACCAGAAUGCACUGAUGAAACAAGAACAGAAGCGAGAACAAAAGAGACAGGAGCAAGAAGGGGUGAAGGUGAAAGAAGAACCAGAAAGUUGCGAAGCUGCAGAGCAAGGCAGUGUUAAGAGCGAAGCGGAGGAGCGUGAAGAACAGGUGUUGUGUAUGGUGCAGCAAAUCCUGACCCCGUUUGUGUUGCGUCGAGUGAAGAAAGAGGUGGAGCUGGAGCUACCUCAGAAGAGAGAACUGCUCGUGUUCUGUCCCAUGAGUGCCCUUCAACUAAACUACUACAAGGUGGUGUCUGACAGAACGAUAGUGUCUAUUUUGGGCCACAGCAACCACGAGGUAGACCACUUUGACUAUGAGAAGUUAUGGCGAGACUAUGGCCGAAACAGACGCUACACAGCAGAUAGAGUGAGUGGAAAUGCGGCUAAAGGCGAUUUCACUCCUCUAACCACUCAUCGACACUCGCCAUUGCACGCUCGUGACGACAACGACGAGAUGUGCAGACUAUUCAAAAACUCUAAACUGACAAAUUUUAUGGCUCUUCUGAAACGUGUCUGCAACCAUCCCUUUCUGAUCAGUAACCCCCAUGCAAUCGGUGAUCUAAACUGGUACGAGGACUAUUUAGACACAUCUGGAAAAAUGCAACUGCUCGACAGAAUGCUGGAAAAACUCAAGCAAAGAGGGCAUAAGGUGCUGCUAUUCUCCCAGUGGACUUCCAUUUUAGACAUUAUUGAGGACUCUUUGAGCCACAGAAACUACCGCUACUGUCGCAUAGAUGGAAACUGUUCUCUGGCUGACAGACAAAGUCAGAUUGACGAGUUCAACAAUGGACACUCAGAUACAAGCGCAAAAGAUCACCUGUUUCUGUUCCUGUUGACCACUAGGGCAGGAGGUCAGGGUAUUAACCUCACUGCGGCUGAUACUGUCAUCAUAUUUGACUCGGACUGGAACCCUCAGAUGGACCUGCAGGCUCAGGACAGGUGUCACCGUAUUGGUCAGACUAAACGUGUGUUGGUGUACCGUUUGGUGACUGAGCACAGCGUUGAUCACGUGAUAGUACAGAGGGCGGAGGCCAAGCGGAAGCUGGAGAGAGUGGUACUGCAGGACGGAAGAUUCGACGCCUCACACCGUGCACUCACUCGGAAGGUGUUGGACCUUGGAGAGAUCAGAGCAAUUUUGGAGGAGCAGGAGCAGCAACAUGUGCGUCUUCGGGAAAUGAAAAAAGAGGGCGAGGAUCUUGUGAAUGAUAAGAUGCUGGAGGCACUGCUGGACCGGGACACCAUCUUUGCAAUGUCUCAGGAGGAGGAGCAAUGUACAGGUCUUGCUAACGACUCGCCUAAACUCAAUGACAAGGAAAAUGGCACAGAAGAUCCCCGUAUCAAAAGAAAUAGUGCCCUGAAUGAAGAGUGUGAGAUUAAACAUGGCGGUAAAAGACGAAAAACGAGCGGGAACUUGAAAAAUAAUGGCAAAGAGAAUAUCGAAAAACAGCAGGUGAACUCGAGUCAAGAAUCGGUUGUCCAGGGUCACAAGUUCUUCCAGCUAGUUUCUGUAGAAGGAAACGUGCAUAGCCAGAAAAUCAAAGAAGAAUAUUAAUCCAUGGUUGUUCUUUCUGUAUUUUCUUGAUGUCCUUGAAUACAAAAAAGAAAAACGUUGUGCCUUAAUGCAUGUGAACUCAAAUCAACCCAAAAGUUUGCGUAUGAACGCACGAACAGAUAGUUACAUGCGACAAGGGAAUUUUUAAAACCUAACUAAAAGUUGUUAGCGUUAUCAAUUCUGUCUACGCGUUGAAUUGUUGUUGUUUUUUGUUGUUUUUUGUUAAGUUGCAGUUUCUUUGAUAUCUGAGUGAAAAAUCUACACUUUUUAUACUUGAUUUUUACUGAAUAUGUUGAUUAUAGUCAAAGUCAAGUCUCUGUGUUUCUGAGAAGAGAUGAUACAGAGCUGAUUUAAAUGAACCGGACAAACCGAGCUAAGCUUCAAAUUUAAAACGCGUUUUUCUCAAAUUGGGUUGAGUUU